CCAUUACUAUUAUUACUAUUACUAUUAUUAUUAUCCCAGGUGACAGGCUCUCUGCUGGAGGAGACGACUCGGAAAUGGGCCCAGUACAAGGAGAAAUGUUUGAGGGACCUGCAGAAACGCCCAACAGGGCUGUUCUGCAACGGGACAUUUGACAAAUACGUAUGCUGGCCGCACGCCACCCCGGGCAACGUGUCUGUUCCCUGCCCUCCUUAUCUGCCGGACUGGCAACCAGAGAGCACGGGAAGAGUUUACAGACUCUGUUUGGAAACGGGGACUUGGCAGACGCUGAAGAAUUCCACGGCCGUGUGGCGGGAUAAUACGGAAUGCUCGCGAAGCCACAACUUCCAAUAUUACGAGGAUAAGCUGACCCUACUGGCCUCCCUUCAGUUGGUGUAUACUGUGGGUUACUCCUUCUCGCUCGUCUCCCUGGUUCUGGCCCUGGUCAUCCUCUUCUUCCUCCGGAAGCUGCACUGUACGCGCACCUAUAUCCACAUGAACCUUUUCGCCUCCUUCAUCAUGCGGGCCUUAGCCGUGCUCGUCAAGGAUGCCAUUUUCCGCCGCUCCUAUUCCAAGAGGCCCCUCGACGAGAGUGGCUGGACGUCCUACUUGUCAGAGGUUUCGGCCACCUGCAGGACGGCCCAAGUCCUUCUCCACUACUUCGUGGGCGCCAACUUCCUAUGGCUGCUGGUGGAAGGCGUCUACUUGCACUCGCUCCUGGGUCCCGCCGUGCUGUCUGAGAGGCGUCUGCUACACCGCUACAUCAUGCUCGGCUGGGGCUGCCCCCUGCUCUUUGUGGUCCCGUGGAGCAUUUUGCGAGCCCAGCUGGACAACGUCGGGUGUUGGGGGACCAACAGGAACAUGCGCAUCUGGUGGAUCAUCAGGGCGCCCGUGCUGCUCUCCAUCACCGUGAAUUUCUGCAUCUUCCUGAAAAUCCUCAAACUGCUCGUGUCUAAGCUCAAAGCGCAUCAGAUGUGUUUCCGGGACUACAAAUUCAGGUUGGCGAGGUCUACGCUGGUUCUCAUCCCUCUGCUGGGGGUGCACGAGUUCAUCUUCAUGUUCGUCACCGACGAGCAGGUCCAAGGGCUGUCGAGGCACAUCCGGCUAUUCCUCCAGCUGGUCAUGAGCUCCUUCCAGGGUUGUCUAGUGGCUUUCCUGUACUGCUUUGCCAAUGGAGAGGUGAAGGCAGAGCUGCGGAAACACUGGUGCCGCUUCCUCUUGGCCCACCCUGCGGUGGGCUGCGGGCCCUGGAGGCUCCAGCAGAGCAUCAAAUCCCUGCGGAGGCGUUCCAAAGGACGGGACCUGCAGCCGCCCGGUGGCCCUGGAUCCCUUGGGGGACAGUGGACACCCCGGGCCGGCCAGUUUGUGCACCUGACUACGUGGAGGCGGGUGGAUUACUGCUCCCGGCCGGACGGAGCCCGGGCCGUGCCCACUCGGGGCAGCGUGUCGGACAGCAGUGAGGGGGACUUCACACUUGCCGACACCACGGAGGAAAUCCUGGAAGAAAGUGAGAUCUAGGCCUCUCCGCGUGCCCAUCACCAGUGGGACCCCCGCCCCUACGACGACUGACAGGAAUCCCCUCGGGAGCUCUGAAAAGAGUCCUGACAGGAACCCCCCACCAUCUGCUGACAG